AUUUUUUAAACUUCUGAUGGAAGCCAUCAGAAAGAAGAAUAAUAAAGCCUCAGCCUUCAGAAGCGUAAACACUCGAAGAGCUACACAGCGGGAUCUAGACAACGUGGGAGAGUCAGGGAGGAAUCGGGGAGAGCAGGAAGGUGAUGAGGACGAGGAGGGGCACAUUGUGGAUGCUGAAGCCGAGGAGGGGGAUGCUGAUGCCUCUGAUGCCAAACGCAAGGAGAAGCAAGAGGAGGAGGUUGAUUAUGAGAGCGAGGAGGAGGAGGAGAAGGAGGGAGAGGAGAACGAGGAUGAGGACGUGCAGGAGGAGAGGGGUGUCCAUGGUGAAGGCUCCCACAGGGCCCAGGAGCAGGAUGAAGACGUGGGUUCAGGCCCUGAAGAUACCUCGCCCUCCUGGAAACCCUCCCGCAGUCGGGCACCCCAGGGAGCUGAGGCCGUGGAGCGCAGGGUCCAGGCCGUGCGUGAAGCCCACCAGUUCAUAGAGAACUACCAGUACGACACUGAGGAUAGCCUGUGGUGCGAGGUGACAUUGAAGCUCCCUCUGAUCAAGAUGAACUUCGACAUGAGCUCCCUGGUAGUGUCUUUGGCUCAUGAUGCUGUCGUCUACGCAACCAAGGGCAUCACUCGGUGCCUCCUGAAUGAAACCACCAACAGCAAGAAUGAGAAGGAGUUUGUGCUAAACACAGAAGGAAUCAACCUCCCGGAGCUGUUUAAGUACAACGAAAUUCUGGAUCUGCGCCGCCUCUAUUCCAAUGACAUUCAUGCCAUGGCUAACACAUAUGGCAUCGAGGCCGCACUGAGGGUGAUCGAGAAGGAGAUCAAAGACGUGUUUGCAGUGUACGGCAUCGCUGUCGAUCCUCGCCAUCUCUCCCUGGUCGCUGAUUAUAUGUGCUUCGAGGGUGUUUAUAAGCCACUGAAUCGCUAUGGGAUCCGGUCCAACUCCUCCCCUCUACAGCAGAUGACGUUUGAAACCAGCUUCCAGUUUCUGAAGCAAGCCACCUUGAUGGGAGCCCAUGAUGAGCUGAGGUCUCCUUCAGCCUGCCUCGUGGUCGGGAAGGUCGUCAAGGGCGGGACGGGCCUGUUCGAACUCAAGCAGCCCCUGAGAUAGCAACCACCGUGGCACCAUCUGCCAGUCAGAGGACCUGGGUAAGGGCCUGGCCUACCCUCUGCAUGAGAGGAUCAGGAGAACAGAAUCCAGGAUGGUUCAGAGUGACAUUGCAGAGCACGGUAGUGACCUUGGGCUCCAAAAAGCAGCUGGCCUCUGGGCUGGGCCAGCUUGACCUGGAAAGCGGAGGCAUUCCUCAGCCCUUCCCCUCCCCAUCUCAGGAAUAUUGACAAGUUUUGCCAAGUCCUCUGAGUCUCUUCCAGCUGGCUGGGCUUCACCCUUGUUGCAGGAAUCCUUGGUGACAAAAUCUCUAAGGAGAAGCACCAAGGCUGUUCACUAGGAAAAGGAGGGGCAUGCUUUGCUGCUGGGGACCCCAGGUACCUCCAGGGUAGGGAAAAAAGGUCCCCUUGCUGUGAGUGGCCAGUGACUGCAGGCAGGAUUCCUGGGGUGCCCAAUGAGUGGGCACGUAGAGCCUGCUGCCCCACAACCUGUUCCUCCCGGCUGCUCCAGCCCCUGGGGGCAGAGGCCCCAAAGAGUUUCCCAUGCAAGGCUUCUUCCC